AUGCCUGUCCAGUCUGGCAAAGUUGCGCGGUUUGCAUCAAUUCUCUCCGUGGUGUUCUUGGGCCUCUUCACAUGCGGAGAGGCCGUGGGCGCGGCGGCGUCGGUGCAACUGCGCAAGAGGACCGUCAAGGAUACCAUCCAGAAGGCGGGAGACGUCCACAGGGACAGCGACCACGACCACGACCACGAUCGGUUUAACACCGCGAGCCAAUUCGAUCUGCGAGGGCACCGCCGCCAUGUGAGGAGGGGCGGCGUCCGGAUGACACACAAGAUGGCUUACUUUGGCACCGUUGAGAUUGGCGACCCGCCGCGGCCAUUCCAGGUCGUUUUCGACUCUGGCAGUGGGAACCUGUUGGUGCCCGGGAUUAACUGCGACUCCGAGGCGUGCAACGGACGUGCCAUGUACAACCAUGACCUAUCCACCAGCGGGAACCGGAUACCCUGCCCUGCCUCUAGUCAGUCGCAGGCCCCCUUGGAAGACCACACAACAGUAAAUUUCGGCGUUGGUCAGAUUGUGGGCGAAUGUUUUGAGGAUCAGAUUUGUCUUGGCACUGUCUGCUACCCUGCUGCCUUCAUUGCGAGCACCUACGAGAGCAACACCCCGUUCGCAUCAUUCAAUUUUGACGGGGUUCUGGGGUUGUCCUUGCCGUACAUGUCGCGGGGCCCCAAGUUCAAUAUGCUGGAGAGGAUCAAGGCGACCGAGAAGCUCCAUCAGACGGUAUUCGCAGUUUUCCUAUCCAUUCGCGACACUGGAGUCUCCGAAAUCACCUUUGGCAGCAUGAAGACAAGCCACAUGGCGUCGGACCUACACUGGGUUCCCGUCACUUCCCGCCACACGGGCUUUUGGGAGGUUCAGAUAUCGGACAUCACCAUCGACGACCGUCCGCAGAAUCUGUGUGUUGACUGCUACGUCGCCGUGGACACGGGGACGUCAGACUUGGCCGGGCCGACAGCGAUCAUACAACAGCUCGCCUGGAGGUUGAACGUAGAACCUGACUGCGGGAAUUUCCACAAUUUGCCGAGGCUCGGAUUCCUCAUCAACGGGGUGAUCAUGAACCUCGAGCCGAAGGAUUACGUCGACGAAGGUGAUGGCAGUUGCGAGGUCUCCGUGAUGAGUCUCGACAUCCCCCCGCCCACAGGUCCGCUCUUCAUCUUCGGGAUCCCGUUCCUGGAGAAGUUCUACACCGUCUACGACAACGUGAACGAGCAGAUCGGCUUCGCGGUGGCCAACCAGGUAGGCGGGCCCUCCAAGAUCGACGCGGCUCUGAUCAUGUCGCAGCUGGGCGCCUCGGUGAGCAACUCGAGCUCGAGCAGGGACAGUGCCCUGCGCCAGGCGGACCACCAGCCCAGGAGCUACCUGCGCAAGUGA